AUGUAUUGUGGAGAUUACACACAAGGAACAAUUCUUCCUGCUCCAAAUUUUAACCCUAUAAUGGAUGCCCAGUUGCUAGGAGGAGCCCUACAGGGAAUUAGUUGUGAAAAGGAUGUGUUGAUUGAAAUCCUAACUCAGCGUUGCAACUCCCAGCGGCUCAUGAUUGCCGAGGCAUACAGAGACAUGUAUGGCAGGGAUCUGAUAACAGACCUAAAAGAGAAUCUCUCUCAUCACUUUAAAGAAGUUAUGGUUGGCUUGAUGUACCCACCUGCAUCUUAUGAUGCCCAUGAGCUUUGGCAUGCCUUGAAGGGAAUAGACACAGAAGAAAAAUGCCUGAUUGACAUAUUAGCCUCAAGAUCAAAUAUGGAGAUCUUCCAGAUGAAAGAAGCCUACCUAAUGCAAUAUAAUACUGAUCUUCAACAAGAUAUUGAUUCUGAGACUUCAGGGCACUUCAGAGAUACACUCAUGAACCUCGCUCAGGGAACAAGGAUGGAAGGCUAUGCAGACCCUUCUACAGCUGCUCAGGAUGCAAUGAUUCUAUGGGAAGCAUGUCAGCAGAAGACAGGCGAACACAAAAACAUGCUGCAAAUGAUUCUCUGCAACAGGAGUCAGCAGCAGUUGUGGAUGGUUUUCCAGGAGUUCCAAAAUAUCUCUGGGCAAGACAUAGUAGAUGCCAUUAAUGAAUGUUACGAUGGAUACUUUCAAGAAUUACUGGUUGCAAUAGUACUCUGCAUUCGUGACAAGCCUUCCUACUUUGCUUACAGGCUUUAUAAUGCAAUUCAUGACUUUGGGUUUCACAAUAAAACAGUUAUUAGGAUUCUCAUUGCCAGGAGUGAGAUAGACUUGAUGAACAUCCGGCAGCGAUACAAAGAGAGAUAUGGGAAAUCACUCUUCCAUGACAUUAAACAUUUUGCUUCAGGGCAUUACGAGAGUGCUUUACUUGCUAUCUGUGCUGGUGAUACAGAAGAUUAUUAAGAAGAUGUACUCUGAAAGCUGUGAGAAUCUAUUUUAAAUAGAAAUUAUUGAAGCUAUAUGAAAUGCAC